AAUUGAGACGAUCUGAUCCUGCUUACCAGUCAGAUGUGCUGCGAAAGAAGCAAGAAAUGCUUAACGUUUUGCGUGGUGCAGCUCAAGAUUCUACACCUAUUUACCGAAAGACCAAAGAAGAAGUUGAAACAAAAAAGAAGGAAUAUGUUUCUGGUGACAAAUAACGAAUAUUGAGGUAGUUAUUGUAGCAGGUCUCAGCUUCGUAGUGGACAGUGUUGCUUUUGUGAGUGAAGUAUUUCCUGGUUGUAUUGUUGACUAUUAGGUAUAUUUAAAUGGAAAUGGAUAAAAUUGCAGUAGAGGACAACCGUGAUCUUGUAAAGGAAAAACUAAUGCGUAGAGAAGCAGAAAGGCAGCAACUGCUUGAACAAAAAAGGGAAGAAAAGGAACAAAGAUCAACUGGUGAAGAGCUCAGUUACUUUUUUGAUACAUUUGCAGAAAAACAAAAGGAGAUUGAGAAUGCUUUAACCGCAGCAGCAGAAGGACUUAUAGAAAAAACUCAAUUGCCAAAUCAUUUUGAUAGGAUUGGAAAGAAUGUGCAGACCCUGCAGCAUUUUUUAUCUUCAUCAACAAUGUUUCUUCGUGUUUAUGAUAUCCGGAAAGCUCAAGAAGCAAUUCUGACUUUGCAGCAAAGGUGUCAGCAACUAGAGCAGCAGUUACUACCAAAGAAAAAAUUUGGUUUCAAAAUUCGAAAGGUGCCUAAUAAGAAAGAUGUAAUAUUCAAUGAAAAAAUAGAAGACACUGUAGAUUCCCAUUCUUCACCUGUCCACAAGCUGCUUCAGAACAGUAAGGAGAACAAUUGUGGUUUCUCUGGCAGAACUGCUGAAAUUCUUUCUCUUCCUCACGAAAAAAUAUAUAAAAAGGAUGUUGUUCUUUCUAACCUUAAUAGCUGUACUGUGAGACUACCUGGAGCUCCUAAUACAUUGUAUAUUGCUGGCUUGAGCAACUGCAAAAUAAUAACCGGUCCUGUAACAACAUCAGUUUUUAUUGAAAAUUGUUCAGACUGCACAUUUGUUUUGGCAUGUCAACAGUUAAGAGUUCACAGCACAACACACAGUGACUUUUAUCUCCACGUUACAAGUCGAACUAUUAUAGAAGAUACUACGCAUGUCAGGUUUGCUCCCUAUAAUUUAAAAUAUGAAAAUAUGGUGCAUCAUUUCCAGUUAGCAGGUUUAGAUGUAAAUAGAAACAACUGGGAUAUGGUUGAUGAUUUCAAUUGGCUGGCAAGUGAUAAAGCAUCACCAAACUGGUGUAUUAUGAAAGAAAAUGAAUGGAAUAUUGAUUGGAUGUAAUUUUUUAAAAAGUUACUUGUGAAGCGUUUAAUUUUGAGAUGGGAUGUUCAUUUAAUAAAAAGCUAUGUAAUUAUUUUCAUUAAAAUGAAUUUGCUCAAGAA